UUGCAUCUUUGCCCUAUAUAUAGAGCACAACAAUGCCCUUCCUUCAACCUGAAUCAUAGAACCAACAGAACCCCCUAGAGAAAACAGAGAGAACAUGGGAAGCACAACGUCGAAUCGCCAAUUGGCUGCUAAAGUUCUAUUCUUCUUGAUCAUCAUGUUCAUGAGUUCAAACCCAGCGAACUCAAUAACAUGUCAGGAUGCCUUGAAAGUUAUACUUCCCUGUGGACCAUUUGCUUUGGGCACAGUUCCGCCUCCACCGAGUGCCGCGUGUUGUUCGGGUGCACAUACCUUGGCGAGCAUGGCAGAUUCCACCGAAGCACGCAGGACUCUGUGCCAAUGUUACAAGGACAUUCCGCCUUCUGUAGGGAUCAAGCCUGAGAGAGUCCAACAGAUUCCUCAGUACUGCAAGGUUGAUGUCACCAUCCCAACUGACCCUCACGUUGAUUGCAGCAGCAUUCCGUGAAGGAGGAAAUCUCCAGAUGGGUCCUGAUAUUCAAGUCAAGACGUUUGCGGAGACAGCAGAGGACACAUUGCCAAUGUCUUAACAUGUUCAUGUAAUAAUCGAAUAAGCAAUGUGAAUGAA